ACACUAAAUAGAUUAUUUAAAUUGUAUAGCUUAAAAUAUAGGUAUUUGAGACUUCAGUAAAUAAGUUUUUCUUCAAAUUUAGGCAUUGGAAAGCCUCAGACUUGAAAUGAUUAGUUUUCGCCUCAAAUGCAUAUCGGAAGCUUCAGAAAUUAAAUAGAUCAGUUUUGCUAUCAAAUUAAUGCAUUCCAGAUGUUCACUAACACGAAAUAUACUUUUUGCCUGGCAUACUAGAUAGAAUAAGUUAUGCUGAUUAUAUAGCUAAGAAAUGUCAUUUUCUCUUUUUUUUUGGGGUUUAAAGGCUUCAUAAACUUCGUAAAGAUUUCAUUCGAAUAUAUUCAUUUGAAAGAUUAGAAACGAAAUCACAUAGAGCUGCUAUUCAUUGUAUGCUGAGAAAUAUUACUGAAAACAGAGUCCCCUGCUCAGGCUGCAAUAAUACAUAAGCUUAUGUCCCUUCUCUCUGUUCUCUCUGUUUUUCCAAAUUUAUACCAAAACUGCCCCUGUUUUUUGUUUACUGCUAUUGCUACAGCUACCUAGUUUUUAUAGAUUUUUCUUUGUCAUACAAACCUUUUAAAAAUUGUCUUUCUGUGUAUUCCAAUCCUCAAGGACAGCAACAAAAUAAAAAACCUUAAAUAUUGUAUCUACAAUGCAGAUUUUAAAAGAAGUUUGAAUUUUCGAACUGUCCUAUUGAGUGAAUGAGAAGGUAUAGACACGGUCUGGUUGAAUAAAUAAAAUGGAUAGUAGAGAAUGUAAUCAGUCUACAGAGAAGUAGGUGGGUGGUUGGGAUUAAUUUUAACACUCCCUUCUUUGAUGCAUAAAGCUUUAUUUUUCCACUGCCUUUGUAAAGAUGUCUGCAAAUUGAUCUUCAACAUGUGAAUAUAAAGAAAAGAGAGAAGACAGACCUCCAUUGUUUUCACCUUCAUUUUGCUCAUAAAUGUCUCUUAAGCUUCUUAUUUUUUUGCCUCCUUAAGCUUGCUAAUGUGGGGUUCGACAUGUCACUUGAACUUGCUGAAUGUGGACUUGAUGGUCUAGCACCGAGAGUACCAAUUGAAGAUGGUGUUUGCUGCAAAUUUGAUGGAGUAUUUGCUUGAAUAUGUGGGGUUGUCCUUAUGCUUGAUGAUAGUGUCUUUUGACCACUUUGUUUACCUUGAAUGGGUGUGGAAGGAGUCACUUUGCUAUCUAGAAUCAUAUUGUUUUAGUAGUGUUCUAAAUUGUACCUGGUGCAUUUAUGACAUGUUUGCAUGAUGCCUAAGGCAUUUAUGACGACCCUGUAAUUGAAAUUGUAACAUUUUGUCAUCGUAAAGCCUUCAUUACAAGGAUCAUUGCCUAGCCUUGCCAACCCUUUGGGGCAUAUUCCCAAUGUACAACAGCGCGACGUGGGGACGUCUGCACGCCACACUAAAGUCCCGGAAAAUGGUAAGAAUUCAAAAGUGUCAGUGACUCAUAUGCGCGCCGACGCAUGUCCCUUGGCCCGCGUCGUGCCGUAAUGGCUCCCCGCACUUGCUUCGAAUUAAAAACCCUCUUCAACUCAUUUGAAAGGGUUCCCACUUUGGGGUUCUUGGCUAUCUUAAUGUUUGUGCUCUCUCAAGCUAUCUCAAGCAACAUCAACAUCAAAGGCAAGCUAUCAAUACCAGCAUCAAGUUUCCUGACCUCGUGGCAGCUUCUUACCAAUUCAUCUACCAAGUGAGCUUCAUCACACUCAUAGUGCCAAAUAUCAAGAAGGGUUUAAUUUCCUAACUUACUCUCUCUUUAUUUCACUUUCAUGCAAUGAGUCCUUUGCAUUAAUUAGUGUAUUUACCAAUAUUCCAAUAUUCAUUUGCAUGCAAUAGGAAUUAAAUUUCUUAUUGCAUCUAUUUAUCAAUUUACCAAUUUAUUCCAAGUUAUCUAUUUUUCCAAUCUGUACCAAUCUGGCUGUCUGUGGUGGUGGAAACACCUAAACAGGGGUCUGAUUGAGGUAGGCCCCAAUACAACCCCAACAUUUUUCCCCUUUCCAAUGUGCAUAGGUAUAGGUUUAGUCCAGUGCUUUGAUUUAUAGAUUUAGUGUUUGCAAGACUCAUAGAUGACAGUGCCGCAUGCUAGCGUCCCAAAUCUAAGCGUCUCUCAGGUUCUUCAUUUGCUCUGUCCUUUUUUUUUAAGUAGUAUACAACUCAUCUUAUUCGUAUCUUGUGCAUUCUGUAUUCAUUUGUUUGUAAUUAGUUAGUUUGUUAAAUAGUUGAUAGUUUAGUUAUUUUUGUUGUUGUUUUGUGUUUUGUUUGUAAGAACCAGAUACCUUUGCCUAACUCUGUGUUCUAUUCACCUAGGACAUUAGUGCAUCGCGCUGCAGUCCGUGUUCCGCACUGCAGUUUGGGGUCCACACUGUAGUCUGGGGUCCACAUUAUUGUCUCAGUUACAGAACCUUGCAGAGCUUGUCAGAGGGUCGUCUCGGUUCUCUAACAAACCCAGAGCAUUCUUUUUAUCCCAUGGCUCAGCGUUGCGCCUGUUCGAAGAGGUAAUUGGACGGAUAAUUUGCCCUUGUGGAUUCAUCAUCCUUGAGGUGGCAAAUUCCAUCCAUUACAAUUUCUUUCUACAUUUACUUAAAUAAUGUCCAAACUUGUUGCAAUAAUGACAUUGGAUUGAAGAUUUAUCUUACCUUUGGCUUUGGGGUUGAUUUUGAGUUGAUGUUUGAUGGCUACCUCUUCCACUUGAGCUUGAUGGGCCGCUUCUUCCACUUCUAUAUGAAUUUCAUCCUCUGCCUUUGUAAUUUGAUCUUCCUUUGCCUCUACCAUGGCUGAUUGAAACUUGUGUCUUGAAUGCAUGCUCCAAAUUGAAAUUUGUCAAAGUGGUCAAAUGAUGCCACCAUCAAGCAUAAACUAGCUUUAUGUUUUUCUUAUGCCUAUGCGGCCUUUGAUAUCUGUUACGAAAUUUAAUCUUUCUGCAGUUUUGAAGGAAAACGUGUAUGUGGGGUUUUCUGCAUCGACUGGGUCUCAAGCAAUUGAAGAUCAUCAUAUUCUCGGCUGGAGCUUCAGUACAGAAGGUAAAGCCCCGACCGUAAAUCUGUCGUAUCUCCCUUCAUUGAUCAGAAAAAAGCAGACAACUAGAUCCGUAGGCUUCAUGGUUGGUGUAACUGCAGCAUCUCUGGUUGUGUUAUUUGUUGCCGUUUUCUUUGCAUUAGUUAAAGUGAAAGAAAUAAAAGAGAGGGAUUUGAUUGAAGAAUGGGAGCUAGAGUUUUGGCCUCACAGAAUUCCAUACGAAGAGCUAAAAGCUGCCACACAAAACUUCAGUGAUGACUAGCUGGUGGGCCUCGGGGGUUUUGGACGGGUUUACAAGGGCGUUCUCUCCAGAAGCGGAGUUGAAGUUGCAGUGAAAUGCAUCACAAGGGACUCCACUGCAGGAAUGAAGGAAUUUAUUUCAGAAAUUUCCAGUGUGGGUCGUCUCCAGCACAGAAACCUUGUUCAAUUGCGAGGCCGGUGUAGGAAGAGCAAACAGUUGUUUACUGUUUAUGACUACAUGGCAAACGGAAGCCUGGAAAAAUUGAUAUUCCUUAACCCAGAGGCAAAAACGGAAGUACUGUCUUGGGAUCGAUGAUACGCAAUUCUGAAGGGCAUCGCUGGAGGGUUGUUAUAUCUUCACGAGCAAUGGGAACGCAGAUUGGUGCACAGAGACGUGAAAUCCAGCAAUGUGUUGCUGGAUUCGGAGCUUAAUGCAAAACUUGGAGAUUUUGGGCUUGCUCGUUUGUACGACCAUACUCAAAAUUCACAGACAACUCGGGUCGUGGGGACUAUUGGGUAUAUCGCUCCUGAAGUCACAUACACAGGGAAAGUUACUCCAAGCUCGGACGUAUUCAGUUUUGGCGUUGUUUUACUGGAAGUUGCAUGUGGCAGGAGGCCUAUAGAUUUGACCAAGGGUAGUGAACAGACUAUUAUGUUGGAUUGGGUAAAGGAUCUAUAUCAAAAUGGAAAAAUCUUGCACGCAGCUGAUCCAAAUUUUGAGGGUUUCUAUGAUGUGGAAGAAAUGGAAAUAGUACUAAAAUUGGGAUUGUUUUGUUCUCAUCCUUAACCAGAGAAAAGACUUGGCAUUAGGACAGUACUGCAAAUACUUGAAGGAGAAGCUUCAUUUGCCACUGAUCAGGCUCUUUCGAUUCCUUACGAUGUGAGUUACUUAGAUUAUGCCACUGGUGUUGUUCAUGCAACCACUUCAAGAAGUCAUCCAACCACUUCAACAAGACAUGGUUUUGGGAUUGAUUAUGAUGUAGAUGUAGAUAGAUUAGUUUAGAAGUCGUCUUGGGCUCAUGCUUUAUGUUUAAUUUCAGCGGACUUCUGCUUA